AUGUCCUUGGAUAUUACCACCUUCUAUAAUGUCAUCAAUAACGAACUGACCAGCACCGAGACCACCCGUCACGGCAUCAACCCAGCCAACCGCCAACCGAACCCGCCGGUGCCAGUAUCCACGGCCAAGGACCUCGACAAUGCUGUCCGUGCAGCUCACGCGGCUUUUAAAAUCUGGUCUCGCACCUCUUUCGAGGAGCGUCGAACGGCACUGAACGCCUUCGCCGACCUUAUCGAAGAGAACAAAGACCCGCUAGCCUCCUUGCUGACGCGCGAACAAGGGAAACCUAUAGCCCAAUCCCAGAUGGAAACCAGUAUGGCCUUACAAUGGGCACGCACUCUGACAACCCUCGACCUGCCCGAGACUGUAGUCGAAGAGACAGACGAACGCAAGGUAGUUCAGCGGUACGUGCCACUGGGCGUCGUCGGUGCCAUCGUACCCUGGAAUUAUCCCCUCCUGCUCGCCGUCGGGAAGAUUGUGCCGUCCAUCUACACGGGUAACGCAGUGAUCGUCAAGCCGUCACCGUUCACGCCGUACUGCGAUCUUAAGAUUGCGGAACUGGGCACGAGAUGCUUCCCGCCUGGUCUGUUGCAGGCUUUGAGUGGUGGCGAUGAUCUGGGUCCGAUGAUGACGGAACAUCCGAGUAUCGACAAGAUUAGCUUCACGGGUUCGAGUGUCACGGGUCGGAGGGUUAUGGCUAGUUGUGCGAAGACCCUGAAGAGAGUUACGUUGGAGCUGGGAGGGAAUGACCCGGCGAUUUUGUGCGAUGAUAUUGAUGUAGAUGUUGUGGUUCCCAAGGUGGGAGUCCUAUCGUUCCUCUGCACCGGUCAGAUAUGCAUGAUGAUCAAACGACUCUACAUCCACGAGAACAUAUACGAUGAGUUCCGCGACAAGCUGGUGGAAUUUGUUCGAGCUUUCAAGAUGGGCGAGGGAAACGAACCCGACGUCUUCAUCGGUCCGAUUCAAAACGAAAUGCAGUUCGAAAAAGCCAAGAAUAUUUUCGAGACUAUCCAGCAAGAUGCUCUGAAACCUGUCCUGGGAGGCAUUAUUCCGGAGUCAGAUGGAUAUUUCGUCCCGCCGGCCAUCAUCGACAAUCCUCCCGAGGCAUCGCGCGUGGUUCAAGAGGAGCCCUUUGCGCCGAUACUCCCUCUGUUGAAGUGGAGCUCAGAGAUUGAUGUAAUUGAUCGGGCGAACGAUACCGAUAUGGGGCUGGGUGCGUCGGUCUGGAGCAAGGACCUGGAGAGAGCGCAGCGUAUCGCGAGUCAAUUAGAGGCUGGCAAUGUUUGGGUGAACUCACACUUUGACGUGCUGCCGAACAUUCCCUACGGGGGCCACAAAGCGAGUGGGAUCGGUGUGGAAUGGGGUGUUGACGGGUUGAAAUCCUAUUGUAAUUCUCAGAGAUUGUGGUUGAAGAAAAACCUGUAG